AUGGCGUCCGGAACAGCGAGAACGGUCGUUUUGUCGGCCAGCCGCCUGCAGAGCGCUUCAAUGCGCCCUCUGCGCCCUUUGCGCCCGUCACUCCUCGUCUGUGGACGUGUCGCCUGCUGCGCCGCCGCCGUCACAGCAUCCAACGCCCGCCACCGGACGCCGACGUUGCAGCGCCUCUACUCGACAGAGUCCUCUUCUCCCGCCGCCUCCCCUUCACCACGCACCCCCUCGCCCGCCAAUGACGUGGUUGAGCGGUACCGCAGCCGGCUCGAGAGCAAGGCGCAGAAAGAGGGCGUGGCCGACAUUGACCAGCUGCGCGCGGCCUACAUGGACAAGAUCGAGGCACUGCGGCGGCGCGAUGCUGUUGUUCCCGAGGGGGCCAAUGUGGCCGCCGACACACCCACACUCUCCACGUCCGAGCCGGCCUCGGCAGAAUCGUCACGGCCGUCGACACCGGCAUCCGAGUCAGCAUCCUCCGGAGCGUCGACAGCGAGCUCUGCGUCCACGACUGCUGCGUCGCCUACCGCCUCGGCCGCUUCCGCCGCGUCAACACCCCGCGGCGUCCGCCCCCUCGCAUCGCUGCUCGACCUCGACAAAGUGCGCACGCUGCCCGUCGAGGAACUGUCGGCCGUCUGGCGCCUCCGCUUCGCCAACGACCCGCUGUCGCUGUGCGCCGUCAUCCCCGCCCAGACAUAUGCGGCCAUGGAGGCGGCCGCACGCGCACGCCCGCAGUUUGUGCUGCCCGUGCCGCACCCGGAGCAGGGCGCCGAGAUUCACUUUUUGCAGUGGACGUUUGACACGCAGGGCGGGCCGGCCACGGCGCCGUCGAGCACCGUGCUGUUUACGCAGCUGGCCGAGUACAAGGUGCGCGGCGAGUUUGCGGCGCCACACACGACGGUGACGCACUACACGGACCUUGCGGCCGACUGCGGCGUCGUGCUGAUGCAGGGCCAGGUGGCGGACGGCCGCGGCGUGACGGCCGACCACGCGCAGUGGCUGGUCAUGUGCCUGCAGCGCUUCUAUGGCGCCUGGGCCAUCCCCGGCACGCCCGGCUCCCAGGACCAGAACAGCGCGCUCGACGAGGGUGCGCGUGCGCGCCGUCUGCUGUUGCAGUGGUUUGCCGCCGGCGACCCGCAGUUUAGCAUUGAGCGGCUGAUGGAGGAGGUGGAGAAGCUGGCAUGA